UCUCUAACUGUCUGUCUAUCCGCAGCUGCGGCCGGUUAGUGUCUUAAUGGGUGAUCGCAGGGUGAUCAAUGUUUACCUCCUCGGUGUGGCGUUCAUGCUCCUCUUCACCGCCUUCACUACCUGCGGGAACAUAGAGCAAACAGUGAUAAGGAGUUUGACCAAUACCAGUUUCUCCGGCAGUGGUUACAACAGCCUUGCCAUUAUCUAUGGAGUGUUUUCAGUUUCUAACCUCAUUGCACCAUCUGUGGUCGCAGUUGUUGGACUGAAGAUGUCGAUGGUCUUCAGUGGAGUUGUUUAUAGUGGUUACGUGGUUUCGUUCUGUGAGCCGAUGACUUGGUCAUUCUACAUCGCCUCCACCCUCAUCGGAUUUGCUGCAGCGGUGCUAUGGACAGCUCAGGGGAGCUUCCUUAUCCUGAACUCUGACAGUACCACUAUCAACAGAAACACUGGCACCUUCUGGGCUCUGUUACAGUGCAGCAUGUUGUUUGGAAAUCUCUAUGUUUAUCUGCAAUGGCGAGAUACAACUGUGAUCUCAGAUCAUGACAGAAGUAUCUUCUUUAUCAUAUUGUCCGUAAUCUCUCUUGCUGGGACAGCCAUCCUACUUACACUUAAAAACAUCAAACACGUGGACAGCAACUCUGAGAUCAAUGAUCCUCUGCUUCAGGAUUCUAGGCUGUUUAAAGAGAAAGCGAUGUCUACCCUGGAUCAGAUCACAUCAGAGUUCAGGUCAAUGUUGAGGUUGUUUCGCACAAAGAACAUGAUGCUAUUGAGCGUGACAAUAAUGUACAGUGGGCUGGUGCUGACUUUUUACAGUGGGGUGUAUGGGACAUGUAUUGGAGCCACCAGACAGUUCGGGCCAGUGGCCAAGGGUCUCAUUGGUCUCUCAGGGAUAUUCAUUGGCAUUGGAGAGAUUAUUGGGGGUGGGAUCUUCGGGCUGCUGUGCACCAAUAACCAGUUCCGACGUACCUCAGUAAUCCUCCUCGGAGUCAUUGUGCAUCUCCUGGCAUUCUACCUGAUCUUCCUUAUAAUCCCAGGCGAUGCUCCAAUAGGGGGUGCAACCAGCAGUCUCUAUGAGCCUUACCUGUCCCCCAGUCCUGCUGCAGCGUUAGUAAGCAGCUUCCUCCUUGGUCUGGGUGACAGUUGCUUCAACACUCAGCUCUACAGCAUCCUUGGCAUACUGUACCCGCAGCAAAGCAGCCCAGCUUUCGCAAUCUUCAAAUUCGUACAGUCCAUUUCUGCCGCAGUGGCUUUUGGGUACAGCAACUAUCUGGUACUUUCAUGGCAGCUCCUCAUCCUGACUAGUUUCUGUUUUUUUGGCACACUUUCCUUUUUCACUGUGAAGAAAAUUGAAGACAAUGCCUCGGACUUGCAAGAUUUCUGACCUUCAAUUUUCCUAAAAGUGCAGGGGUGGCAGGGAAUAUCCACAGCUCUGAAUUCCAGGGAUCUGUUGCUUUGGAACCUGCUGGAGUUGGACAGGGAAAAUCCCAUGGAUUCAUGGAGCAGAUUAGAAUGUUGCAGCAGCUUUCCUCUGCCACUAGAGGGAGUUUAGUAUCUAAAUUACUAAGGAUGUCUGGUGGUGGAGACCACGUACUGCAGUGUUUUCAAUCCUUUGCAAAACCGUCUUAGUCUCUCAUUCUUGGGAGAUGUCAGGCGUGAGUGUACUAUGUCAAAUGAUAAUGUUGAACCUACAAUAACCAUUACAGAAGAAAUAAGACAGAGCCCACCCAACCUGAGAACUUCUGUGGGCACUAAACAAAAACAUUCUGAUAUCAGUAGAAAUAACAAAUAGAUUUACAGUACAGUAUUGUUUUACACCGUAGGAUUUCUCCCCUGUCCUUGUAUCUUAGUUCUGUCUUGCACUGACUGAUAUAUCCAAAUUAGCUGUUAUUUUUGUUGAUGCAGGGAAUUUAUAAGCAACUGCUCAUUCCUUACAAACUGAAGUAUAACCAUACAAGCUCAGGAUCGAACAGUCCAUUGUUACUGUCAUUUGCUCCUCACCAGGAAUUGAUGGGAGUCCUUUUGUGUGCUCAUAACCUUCAGAUAAUCAUCACUUACCAUGUGAUUGGAGGUGUUAGUUACAAAUCCACUUCAUUAAAGAAGCA